CAUAUCCGAAGUUGGUUUUUCUUCUUAUACAAUAUAUAACAAGAAUAUAUAUAUACUACUUAGAGCUUCUUCUAAUGGCUUCCCGUCUUGUUUUCUUCAUUUUCAUGCUGAUUGCUGCCAUUGUUCCAACAAGCAGAGCUAGGUGGAAGGAGUUCAUUGUUGGAGAUGAAGCAGGAUGGACACUAGGAUUUGAUUAUCAAGCUUGGGCUCAGGGCAAGAAGUUUCACGUUGGAGACAAGCUUGUAUUUAAAUAUCAUGUUGGAGCUCACAACGUCUUCAAGGUGAAUGGAACUGGGUUUCAAAACUGCAUUAAGCCAAAGGUAGGUGAGGCAUUAAGCACUGGAAACGACACAAUCGUUUUGGCAACUCCAGGAAGAAAAUGGUAUGUUUGUGGAGUAGGCAAGCAUUGCGAAAAUGGCAUGAAACUUGUUAUAGAUGUGUUCCCACUUCCAGAACAAGCUCCCAAGCCCAGCCCACCUGCUCCACUCACUUAUGGUAAAGAAUUCAUAGUCGGAGAUGAUGCAGGAUGGACACUAGGAUUUGAUUAUCAAGCUUGGGCUCAAGGCAAAAAGUUUCACGUUGGAGACAAGCUUGUAUUUAGAUAUUAUGUGGGAGAUCACAACGUGUUCAAGGUGAAUGGAACUGGAUUUCAAAACUGCAUUAAGCCAAAAGUAGGUGAGGCACUAAGCACUGGAAACGACACAAUCGUUUUGACAACUCCAGGAAGAAAAUGGUACGUUUGUGGAGUAGGCAAACAUUGCGAAAACGGCAUGAAACUUUUUAUAAAUGUGUUCCCACUUAAUGCACAAGCUCCCAAGCCUAGCCCGCCACCUGCUCCUCUCACUUACGGCAGAGAAUUCAUAGUCGGAGAUGAAGCUGGGUGGAGACUAGGCUUUGAUUACCAAGCUUGGGCUAGGGACAAGCAUUUCCGAGUUGGUGACAAGCUUGUGUUUCAAUAUUACCCCGGAGCUCACAAUGUGUUUAAGGUGAACGGAACUGGCUUCCAGAACUGCAUUAGGCCACCGGCAACUGAGGCUCUAACAACCGGAAAUGACACAAUAGUUUUGGCAACUCCGGGAAGAAAAUGGUACAUCUGUGGAGUUGGGCAACACUGCGAGAAAGGGAUGAAACUUUUCCUGACUGUGCUGCCACCUGCAACUGCUUAAUUAAGAACCCUAUACACCAAAGAGCUUGUGUGUCUCGGGGAACUAGCUACUUGUCAAUUAUUCAUUAACUGUCAGAUUAUAGUAUGUGUCUGAGGUUAAUGUCUCCAUUGUUGUUUUAUUUGUAUGUUUUGUUGAAGGAGUGUGGAUGAGUGAAGCUUCAGAAUUAUUGCAACUAGCUUUUAUCGGAUAUAUAUGUCCUAAAGAAUUUGGAGUGAUCGAAUGCCUUUCAAUCAAACAACAGUUGUCUUUUCAAUUCUGCUGCUCGUUAAUUUAGUGGAAUGCUUGAAUAUAAGA